AUGAAAGAAAAAGGAUUUAUCAUAUCGAUAAAUGUUGUCGAAAGAUUAGACAAUCGAGAUUUACGACGCUAUCAGCGAAUGACAGAUUAUGACUUCCUAUUGGCGAUUACUAUGAGAGAUUGUUUGCAGCUGUAG